AUGUCCUCGCAAAGUAUGCCCUCGUUGGUUCAUAACAAUAAUCCUCAUGCUGUCACAGAGAUAGAAGUCUCUAUUGACUCAUUCAUUGCUAAAUUGAAGAGAAGACAAAUUAGUGGAUCAUACAUUAUUGCAUUGGAGACUUUACAACUAUUGAAGCGGUUUAUCUCAGCGGUUCGUUGGAGUAACGUCAAUGAAUUAAUCGCUCAAAUUAGAGAGUUAGGAAAUCGUCUAGAGAAGGCAAACCCAACUGCUUUUGGUUGUGGAAAUGUUAUCAAGAGAAUUUUAGCUGUAUUGAGAGAUGAAAUUGAAGAAGAUAUGCGAGAAUCUAUAAAUGCAGGAUCGUCUACUUCCGCAUCAGCAGCAAAUUUAAAUGAUAGAAAUAGUACUAUUGGGAAUGCUACUCAAGCAGAGCCUUUGAUUGCCUCUAUGUUUAAUCUUCUACAAAAACCUGAACAAAAUUCACAAGAUUUUUAUGAAUCAAAAUCAAAGACAAAGACAGAUUUCCGUCAAGUUGUAAUACAGGCUAUUAAGGAUUUGAUAGAUGAAAUUAAAAAUAUUGAUGAUGGGAUUCAACAAAUUGCUAUCGAUUUAAUUCAUGAUCAUGAAAUCCUAUUGACACCAACGCCCGAAUCUAAGACUGUUUUAAAAUUUUUAAUUAGAGCUCGUGAACGUGCUAACAGAACUUUUACUGUUCUAGUAACAGAAGGUUUCCCAAAUAAUACUCAAAAUGCUCAUGAUUUUGCAAAGAAAUUAGCACAACAUGAUAUAGAAACUAUUAUCAUUCCGGAUUCCGCAGUGUUUGCAUUAAUGUCAAGAGUCGGUAAAGUUAUCAUUGGUACUAAAACCGUCUUUAUCAAUGGUGGUUCCAUUGUUUCAUCUGCAGGUGUAUCAUCCGUAUGUGAAUGUGCCAGAGAAUUCAAGACUCCAGUGUUUGCUGUAGCUGGUCUUUAUAAACUAUCUCCAUUAUAUCCUUUCAAUGUUGAGAAAUUUGUCGAAUUUGGUGGUUCACAACAUAUUUUACCAAGAAUGGAUCCAAGAAAUCGUUUGGAUACAAUCAAUAAGAUUACAGAUUAUGUUCCACCUGAAAAUAUAGAUAUAUACAUUACGAAUAUUGGUGGGUUUGCUCCAAGUUUUAUCUAUAGAAUUGCAUGGGAUAAUUAUAAACAAAUUGAUGUUCAUUUGGAUGGGAAACAGAAAUGA